AUGCCUAUUCGUUUCUAUUACGACGUUGAAACGAUUUUUAUGGAUAUAACUUAUACUGUAGGUAGAAGUUGGAAGACCGGAAGUAAAAAACUCGUCGAACGAUCACCGAUCUUUGUUAAUCUCUUCGAAACAAUCGUUGAUCAAUCGCUUAUGCGACAAAGUUUCAUUGCUCGUAUAACACUUCUUUUUCGAAUGGACGAGGUGGGAGGCAGCACGGUGGUAGCCUCGGAGGGUGUAGCGGUAGAAAUAAGGAAGGGCCUUGGCGGCGGGUGCCGCGCGUCGCCGAUGACGAUGGCCGAGAGCGCCGUGGAGGACGCCGCAGCGCCCCCCGGACCGGCGAAGCCGCCCCCCUGUACCAACAACAACACCCUCUCAGCGACGGCGAACCGGAACCACCGUCACCGCAAACGAAAGCGGCUCUCGCAGGUCCUCGACAUCCUUCAGGCCCACCGAAGCUCACCGAACGAGGGUGAGGUCUUCAGGUUCGAGGGAUCGACGACGGUCUCGGAGGAGGACGAGGAGGUCUUCGGCUCGUCGAGGUCACCUCUCGCCGAUUGCAGUCCCGGUCGUCUCAACUUUUCACCUCUCCGGCUUAAGGACGAGGCGGCGACGGGGGUCGACGAAGCCGAUCAUCAGCAUCCACCGACUUCCGGUCAAGGGGCGGGGGCGGCUGUCGGUGCUCACCGGCGCAAUCUGACCCUUUCGAGCUACCAUCCGGCUCUAAGGUACGCCGGUUGCGCCUGCGUUCACUGCGCGACGCCACCGUCGCUCCUUCUUCCGUCCCCCGCCUCACCCCUGACGCCCCUGACGCCGGCUUCCUUGACGCCUUUGACGCCGGUCUCGCCCUCGUCUUACAGCUUCGAGCACUACCUCCACACGAAGUACCUGCCGGACAUGUUCAGGCGGCGGAGUCACUCCGAUUCCGAUGUUCCAGGGUGGGACCGACCUUCACCGGUACCGGUUCCGCCGCCCCCGCCACCGCCUCAGAGGAGUGGAUCCCUUGAGAGUGAGGCGACGUCGCCACCGGAAUCACCGCUCGAUCUCUCGAUGAAGAAGGGCGCCGGAGGACGACCUCAUCCUCUGCAGAUUUUACCACCCGGCAUCGUUACUCGCGGAUCGGUAAGCGUACCGGUUGUAAGAGGCGACGUCGCCUCUCCGACAACCAAGGAAAGCGUCGCCGUUAGGUAUAACCUGGAGGUAUCGCCUGUUGUCGAGGAGAUGCCACCGGGUGCCGACGUCGCUUAUGUUUGUCCGGUUUGCGGACAGAUGUUCAGCCUUCACGAUCGUCUCGCCAAGCACAUGGCUUCGCGUCAUCGACGUCAGGGUCCUCAGGAUGCUUCGGCCAAGGCUUACCUCUGCGAUGUCUGCAAACGCAGCUUCGCCAGGUCGGACAUGCUCACCAGACACAUGCGGCUUCAUACCGGUGUCAAACCGUAUACUUGCCGUGUCUGCGGCCAGGUAUUCAGCAGGUCCGAUCAUCUCAGCACUCAUCAGCGGACCCACACGGGUGAGAAACCUUACAAGUGUCCUCAGUGUCCUUACGCCGCUUGUCGGAGGGACAUGAUCACACGGCAUAUGAGGACCCACGCGAGGUAUCCCGACGGACAGCCAAUGAAGAGCGAAAUCGGCACACCAGAGGGCAGUCCUCCGUCACCCUCGAUAAAUCAUGGAGCACCAUCGCCGUCGGCUGGAUCCGCCAGCGUCAAAAUGGAGUGGAAAAUGGAAUGACCUUUGUUGAGGGUUUGGUCCUUGAUACUGACGAUUUUUAUUAUCAUCAUCAUCAUCAUUAUUAUCAUCGUCAUCAUCAU